AUGUCAUAACUUUCACAUUUUAAAAUAAUAAAACCUUUAGGUGAAGGUACAUUCGGUACUGUAUAUUUAGUAAAUAGAAUCUAAGAUUAGAAGUAAUAUGCAAUGAAAAAAGUAAAAAUGAUGUGUUUAUCAACUCGUGAAUAAGAAAAUGCUUUAAACGAAGUCCGAAUAUUAGCCUCUUUAAAAUCCGAAAAUAUAAUAAGAUAUAAAAAUGCUUUUAUAGACAAUCCUACCUAAACGCUUUGUAUAAUAAUGGAAUUCGCAACAAAAGGUGAUUUAUAAAAGCAAAUUAGUGAACAUAUGAAAAGGAAUGAUUAUUUUGACGAAAAAUCAAUAUGGAAAUAUGCUUCUGAUAUUUUAAAAGGUUUAAAAAUACUCCAUAGUUCUAAAAUUUUACAUAGAGAUUUAAAAUGUGCUAAUAUCUUCAUUUCUAACUCGGAUUCUUUAAAACUUGGUGAUUUAAAUGUUUCAAAAGUAUAAAAAAGAGAUUUUGCAUAUACGUAAACAGGUACUCCAUAUUAUACAGCCCCUGAAGUUUGGAAAAAUAAACCAUAUGAUAGUAAAUGCGAUAUAUGGUCUUUUGGAUGUGUUUUGUAUGAAAUUUCUACUUUUGAACCGCCUUUUAAAGGAAUUUCAAUAGAAGAUCUUUAUAAAAAAAUAGUUAAAGGAGCUUUUAUACCCAUAAAUAGUUAAAAGUAUUCUAGUGAAUUAUAAAAUUUCAUAUCAGUUUGUUUAAAAGUGGACCCAAAGUAAAGAGAAAAUGUUGAUAAUUUACUUAAAAAUAAAAAUAUUGCUAAAUAUAUGAAUAUAGAAGAUACUAAAGAUUUUGUAACUUAAAGUCCAGGAGGUCAUUGUUAAAUUAAAAUAGGAGGAGAUUAUAAUUAUUUUUAAGAUAAAGAAAUUUAAUAAAACUAAUUUCAAAUUAUGAUUUACGGUUCUUAUAGUGACUGA